CCCUGUAUGGGUGCCUGGAGUGGGGGCUGUUAUGACUCCAAACAUUACCAUACCCCAUUCAGUUUAGCAUGAGGCUGCUAAGGGUGAGCACCCAAGUUUUCUCACAAUAGAGGUGCUGAAGGGUGAUCAAGCACUCCAGGAAUACCAUCAGCCCAGAAGGAACCAAACCAAUAUGUUCAAGACCAGGUACCUACACGAGGUGCGCAAGGAGAAGUAUGAGCGCUCAGAUGUCUUUGAUGAGGAAACUGAAGACUCUGAAACCCCUGCAGGCAUCUCAGCCAUCCAGGGCUGGGAGAGCCUUCAGGAGCUCAACAACCGUUUCGCCCGGUACAUCAACAGGGCUCGAGUCCUGGAGCAGAGGAAUGCAGUGUUCCGCAAGCAGCUGGAGACGCUGCACCGGAUGGAGGAGGCCAGUGGCCUGGAGGAGGCCUUCACAGAGCAGAUUGAAAUUAACAGGCAGCGAAUCAGAGAGCUGUGCUCCGACCACACCAAGCUGGAGCGGGAGCUGAGGGAGGCUUGCCGCAAGCUGGAUGACUUUACCAACAAAUACAAAAGUGAAUGUGAUUACCAAGAGCAUAUGCGCGGCACACUGGAACAUUUAAAUAAGGAGGCUGACAGUGCUCUGCUAAAGAAUCUUGAGUACCAGAUCCAGUCUCAGUUCCUGCAGGAUGACAUCAGUUCCACCAGAGAUAGACAUAAGAAGAACCUUGCAGAAAUCCAAACCUAUGUGAACAUUUUGCAGCAAAUAAACCAGACACUUCCCCUUGUUCCCAAUGUGUCAGUUGGCAUUUCCGAGGAGCAGGAGAAGCUGCUGGCCCAAAGGAGGGUCCCAGGGCUGCAGACUCAGCUGGAGGAGUACAAGAGCGCCCUCUGUCAGCUGCAGGUUCACAAGCAACGCCUACAGAGUGAGACUGCAAUGCUGGAGCAAACCAUAAGAAGCACACAAGAGAACUAUGACAAUGAGAUCCAAAACUACAAUGAGAAAAUUGAAUCUCUAAGGAAGGAGAUUGAGGAAGCUGAGAAGUCAUUGGAAAAGUGCACCAGCGAGUGUCGCCACCUGGCCAUGUAUCAGACAUCCCUUGAGAAUGAGCUGGAGCGGUACAAGAGGAUCAUCGAGAAUGAAGAUAACAGGUUGAAUUCUGCCAUAAUUGACUCUCCCAUUACGCUGUUUACCACUAAUUACCGCUACACUCACACAUCCAGUGCAUCAAGCAGGGGGAGAGAUAUCACCCAGGCUAUCCAAGACAUCACAAGCAUAAAGCCUAGACAGAAGAUACUGGCUAAAAAGGUCUUGAAGAAGAAAGAGCUGACCCCAAAAGAUGUUCUAGACAGUAGCCAGGAGGAGACAAAUGUUGGAGAGGGUGAAGAUGAUGAAUAUAAGGGGGUCCCAUCUGGGGAAGUGCAGGGGGACAAGGUAAAAGAAGAGAAGCAGACACCUGUUUUCACUGGAGUGUCUCCACAGGAUGUCCCAGAUGGAGCUCAGAUUAGCAAAGCCUUCGACACUCUUUGCAAUAUUGUCAGAGACAGAAUGAGAAAGUACAAGAGAGUACAAGAGCCAAUUCCUGAUUUCUAUACCAAAGGUCGCUAUGUCCUUGUUACCGGUGAUGGUAGUUACUUGGAUCCCUGCUUCUACACAUCCACGCCAUCAGCUGGCCGCGUCUUCGUCACUAUCAGAGAUGGAGUUAUGUAUCCUUAUGAGCCUCACAGACGUGGCACACCCUCUCCUCCACCCCCUCAGCCUAUGGUAGACCCCAGACCUCUUAGUCCCACCCUGCCCCCUAAUGCAGGAGAAGAUAACAUUGGCGGAAGAGCUGAAGAUAGAGGAGGAAAAGGUAAAUCUAAUAACGGAGAGCCUUUCUCAAAAGAUCCAGACCCCUUGUCUCCACCAUCUGGCUCGAGUUCCAAAGAUCCCAUCCCUGGAGACAACAGGUCCAAGAAAAACAGUAAUGGCAACGGUCCAACUCCAAAGCCUGCACCCCGUGGUAGCAGCAAAUCUAGUUCAGGUUCCAGCACCAGCACCACCAGCACCACCAGCUCCAGUAGCUUCAACCCAGACACCAUGAGCUAUGAAAAGGUGGAGGUGGUGGAGUCUGUGGAAACGUUCUCCAGUGAUCACAAAGUCAAAGGUUAUGAGGAAACUUCCAUGGUGGUGGAGACCAUGAUUGAAAAGUCGAGCAAGAGGAAACACUGAAACCACCCAUCAGCACCUGCUGAAUCCAUGGUCCAGGUCCUUAAAUGAGAAGGCACUGUUGAUAUUGGUAUCAGAAAUAAAUCCAUUGUGACUUACACCAGUGUUUCAGUCUCUUUUGGAGACUCAUCUUGCAUGAAUACCAGUUAAACACUGAUACUCCUCUUGCUUGCAUGCAUUUGCUUAAAGUCUCUGCUCCUGAGUCCUGAAUGCAUUUCACUUGUGUUUGACUUGCACCCAUUCCUGAAGUCCUUUACUGUCUGAAAACUUGGAACCAGAUUAAAAGCUCUAUGACACCUGAACAAAAAAGAAGAAAUAAUACCAAAUAUUGUAAUAAGUUGUGCCACCCUUUUGACUUUUUCUCUUAGAUCUCAGCUCCCUCCUUUUAGCUCAAUUGUUUAAUUGGAUUUCACUUUCUGCCCUCAGCACAAUUUUGCUGUGUUUUAAUUUGCUUUGAUAUAAUGAAUAAUAAAAGACUCAAGCAUCA